AUGAAAUCAUACAAAAGAACAUCAAAAAAUUCUUCUGUUAGAUUGUAUCCUGUUGGAGUUCGAAAGAGAAAAAAUGGGAAAUUUUGUGCUGAAAUCAAACACCCAUUUAACAAGAAACUGAUUUGGUUAGGUACUUUCAAUACUGCUGAUGAAGCUUCUGAAAGUUACAAGUCCAAGAACCUUGAUUUUGAAGAACAAGUUAUGGCCAAAAAUGCAAAAGAAGGCCAAAUUUCUCAAAUAUCUGAUCAAGAAUCUUGUUUGAAUGAUGAAUCUAAACAAAAAUCAUUAAUGGAUGUUCCUAAGAAUUCGAAUUCAUCAAAUGGAGUUGAGGAAAAAGUCAAAGAAGAAAUUGAGAAUGAAACUGAUGAAGAAUAG